UUUGCUGCUCCUCUUUCGUGAUCUUCUCACCCACCCCUGUGUCCAGUAUCUUUCUGUACCCUCCAACCACGAUCCUGCACAUCUUCUCUCAUCGGGGCAGCAGGGUGUCGGACCCUCUUGAGUCCACAGAGACUCGACACAAUGCGCGAGAAUGUCUCAGGCAAGAUCCUUCGUCACCUCCAUUGUCUGUUUUCGGGGUAUUGUGUAUGCGACGGCCUGUGCUGUUCCUCGAAUUAGUGGCUGGGGAGGAGAGACUCGGUGGAGGCACUUCCUGUCGGGUUGAGGAAUCCUAUAGCCUCCGGUUUCCAGCAAACACGUAAUCCUGUUCCUUGUCCCGUUGUUUCUCCGCAACUAUAACUUCUCACCACUUGAGCUCCCGACGCCAUCGAGAAGCAGGACCAACGGAGGCGCUUUCUCUCGCAACACUUGUUUGCCUGACUCCUCGUGGUUGUCCACCCUCCCCGGGUUCCUUCAUCCGUCUCACUGAUCCGGCUCCCCCUUAUUCGUUUUCGGUGGUUCCAAUCCUUUUUUCCCCGUCUCGUCGCUCCUCUUCGUUACUACCGGUCUCUUUGGCCUCCUCUAUGUUGCUGCCCUCUUUAGUCUGGUCUCCUCUGUGUGGGGCUCACCUGCCUGUGUUUCCUGCGUACCUCUGCUUCUUGAGUUUCUGCCUGCUGCGCGUUUCUUGCUUCACCUUGUGACUCUCUCCACCAUGGCAUCUCCUCCCAAUCCUAUGGGCGUGAGUCCAGGCGGCGAUGUAGAUGCCGCCGAACGCUUUGUGGUCGGAACGCGAUUCUCUCCUUCGACGCCGGAAGCAAAUGCUCUCUAUGCAGCCGUUGGACAGAAGGGGCAGGGCCCUGCGGCUUCGCCCUACUCCGCAUCUUUCGGGAUCAAGGACAAUAUGACCCUCGCGGACAUUCGAAGGAAAGCUCAGGAAGAAAAGGAAUAUGGACGCGAUGCCGCCCAUCUCAAAAGAUAUAGACAUCUCAACUACACUUCGGAGACGAGCGUUCUGCAGUUCACCGAAAGGAAACUGUCCACACUCUACUGCACUGUUUGUGGUGCUCACGCGCUGGUCACCGAAGUUGAUUUCCAAAACCUUCCCCGCCGGGGAUCAGACGACGCUGCCGUGCUCCAGAUACUUGAAACGUUUAAUAAGCUCUACACGGUCCCGGCAGAGCGCGUCCUGUUACGAAGGCCAGCGGGGUUGGAAGUGCAGUACAGAAUGAUGUGUCGCGACUGCGGCUUUCCACUUGGAUACCGACCGGUGCCUUUCAACGAGCCAACUCGGAUGGUAUACUUUUUCAAGGAUGCACUCGUGCCCGAACAGAGCCAGGCUGGCGCUCUGCAGCCUCGCAAGCGGUGAAAUGCCAGCAGGUGCAGAAAGGCGUCUUAGCUAUCUCGUCUCUUGUUCCUGGACUAGCAAGUCUUUUUGAAGAAACACUGGGAGCGAUGGGAGAAUAACAAAGAGCAGGAGAUGCGGAAGAGAUUCAUCUGUGCAGUGAUCCGCCCAAAUGAAUCUCAGCGAGCGCCUAGACGCCACGUGUGCCAGGCGGGGAGACU